AUGAGGGAAGAAAACCAGUCCUCUACUCAGGAAGGAAACCAAUCAUCUACACUGGGUUUCAUUCUCCUGGGAAUUACCAGUCAGCAGGAGCAGGAAGUUGUCUUCUUCAUCCUCUUCCUGUUUAUUUACUCCAUCACACUGAUUGGAAACCUGCUCAUCAUCUUGGCCAUUCGCUCUGAUGUUCGCCUUCACAACCCCAUGUACUUUUUCCUUGCCAAUCUCUCCUUUGUUGACAUCCUCUUCUCGUCUGUAACCGUCCCUAAGAUGCUAACAAACCACCUCUUGGGCACCAAAGCCAUUUCCUUUGGAGGAUGCUUAACACAGAUGUAUUUCAUGAUUGCCUUUGCUAACACAGAUAGCUAUAUCUUGGCUGUGAUGGCAUAUGAUCGUGCUGUGGCCAUCAGCCGCCCUCUUCAUUACACAACAAUUAUCAGUCCAAGGCCUUGUGUUCUUCUUGUGGUAGGAUCUUGGGUGAUUGGAAACACCAAUGCCCUCCCCCACACUCUGCUUACAGCUAGUCUGUCCUUCUGUGGCAACCAUGAAGUGGCCAAUUUCUACUGUGACAUUUCCUCUUUGCUCAAGUUGUCCUGUUCUGAUACCCACUUAAAUGUGAAAAUGAUGUAUGUCGGAGUUGGCUUUUUCUGUGUGCCUUUAGCGGGCAUCAUUAUCUCCUAUAUUCGGGUCUUUGCCACUAUCUUACAGGUUCCAUCUACCAAAGGCAUGCUCAAAGCCUUCUCUACCUGUGGCUCCCACCUCACAGUUGUUUCUUUGUAUUACGGGACAGUGAUGGGCAUGUAUUUCCACCCUCCAACCAGUUACAGCCUAAAGGAUGCAGUGAUAACAGCAAUGUACACAGCAGUGACCCCAUUGUUAAAUCCUUUCAUCUACAGUCUGAGAAACCGGGACAUGAAGGCUGCCUUGCAGAAACUCUUCAGCAAGGGUAUUUCCUGA